AUGGAAGAUGCUAAUGUGGAAUCCGGAGAAGUAGAUAACAUUGGGAAUACUGUUAAAUUUCUACUUGAUUAUAAAGAAAACGGAGAGGUUCUAGGCAAACAAGUGCCACCAUCAAUUUACAUGGUUCCUAGUGUGAUCCGAGAUCUCAGCCCAACUUGUUUCAAUCCGAAGGUGGUGUCUAUUGGGCCUCUUCACAGACAUAACGAACAUUUACAAGGAUUUGAGAUUCAAAAACAAACUUAUUUACAUAAUUGGUUGCGUCGACUAGGUACUGUGCCAAACCAAACACUCCGAACAUGUGUUGAGAAGGUGAUUCAAUCAAUAGAAAUAAUCAAGGAAUGUUAUGGAAGAUCAGUGACCUACAACGAUCUUGAACUUGCGAAGAUGAUGGUAAUAGAUGGUUGUUUCAUACUUGAGUUCAUUCAGAAUGAAUCAGAAAAAUCAUCCGGGUGUAACAUGAUGAUUACUCCAUUGAUCGUUUAUGACCUGCUACUGAUAGAAAACCAAAUCCCGUUUUUUGUUCUUAAAAUCAUAUUUGACUGUACUAUUGUAGCAUCUGGAAGAAUGCACAUCAACUCCUCAUUUACCCAGCAUAUUAGCGUACUUCUAGGAUACUACAAAGUCUUUGAAUCAAAUUCUGUAGUACCCAAUGUCAGCCUAGAUUCCACUACUGAUCAUCUUCUUCACUUUGUACACAAAUAUUACCAGCCUGUGGAACCGAUGCCAUCAGUGUUUGUCGAAGCAAAUCCAAAAGGCCACACAGCUGUGGAAUUGCAUAGGGCAGGGAUGAAGUUCAAGCCUAAUGAAGAUGAGAAUUGGGCAAUGGCUUUAAAACUGGAAUUACAAUUACCCUCAUCUUUUUUUUCAUUGUUACCCAUUUUCACAGCCAUUCCCCCAUUUUCAUGGUUACAAUGGCCUACUCUGAAGAUGCCAAUAGUUUGUAUUCAUGAUAUGAGUGAAUUGGUUCUUCGGAACCUCCUUAUAUACGAGCAGUUUUCUGAUGUUAAUAAAUAUGUUACAUCAUAUGUCUAUGCCAUGGAUAUGCUAACCGAUACUCCGGAGGAUGUUGCCAUUUUGGUAAAAUCAAAAGUCCUUACAAAUCUUUCGAGUUCGAACGAGAACGCUGCAAAUAUGAUAAAUGGCUUAGUUAAAUUUGUUAGCAUCCCAGAUUUCUUUUAUGAUCAACAGUGGAAAGAUAUGGAUGCUUACUACAAUAGUUACUGGCCCAAUACUCUUGCUGGGUUGAAGGGUAAAUAUUUCAAUAAUCCUUGGAAUGUAAUUGCUCUAAUUGGUGCACUUGUCCUGUUUGCACUUACCGUGGUUCAGACCUUCUUUACUAUCAAAGCCGCAAAUGCGACCAAUGUAACUAUGUAA